GUUUUGUUUUGGGUUUUUUUGUGGCUUGAUUGUGUUGUUUGGGGUUUUUUCCCUCCUCUCGUUUUCGUUGUUGUUGUCGCUUUCUUCUGGUGGCUCGCCGGCUCAAAGGAGUUCAGGCUCUCACCUGAACUUUGGGUGCCUGGUAUAUGCGGUUGGGAUAUCCUUAAGAGAUCAUCCAGGAAUGGUGGAUCACUUGCUGCCUACUGAUGAAUCCUUUUCAUCCACAAGAUCUUCGCUUGGAUACUUUGGGGACAUGACAGCAGGCGUGAGGUCCUACCAAAUGCUGCCCUCUCCCCUGUCAGAAGAUGACAGUGACUCGUCCAGCUUUUGUUCUUGUUCCAGCCCUGACUCCCAGGUCCUCAGCUCCAGCUAUGGAAGCACAUCCAGUGCAGAAAGUCAGGACAGUAUCUUAGACUAUUUAUUGUCCCAGGCAUCUUUGGGGAACACCACUGCAUCAUGGUGGGACAAAAGGAGACUUCAGCCAAUAGUGAAAGAGGAGUACUUUAGGUUGCCUGAAUUUCCUGUGGAUAUGGAAGACUCAGGACCGUUUCAGCCCACGCUUGAGGAAAUUGAGGAGUUUUUGGAGGAGAACAUGGACUUGGAGCUCAAAGAAAGACCUAAAAGCGAGACCAAGGACUUGAGAGCUUGCAGCCAGGUUUCUGUUGCUUCGCUGCAGCAAAAAGACCAUAUGUUACCCAGUGCUAGUUUAAAAGAGAGUAAAAGUGAACAGUUGACCAGCUCAACAGAAGGUGGCCAAGCUCCAAAUGGAGGAAUGACCCUGGAGAAUGGAAUACCGGUUAUGCUCCAAAUUCAGCCUGUACAGAUCAAACAGGAGUCCAACACGAGCCCCAGUUCCCAAGGACCAGCACAGGAGAACAUUAAAAUUGCACAGCUCCUAGUCAACAUCCAAGGACAGACAUUUGCCCUUGUGCCUCAGAUAGUUCAGUCGUCCAAUUUGAACUUGUCCUCUAAGUUUGUCCGCAUUGCUCCCGUCCCCAUUGCUGCCAAGCCCAUUGGGCCAGGGGGCAUGAUCCAGGGGCAGACAGGAAUCAUCAUGGGUCAGAAAUUUCAAAAGAACCCCGCAGCCGAACUUAUUAAAAUGCAUAAGUGUUCUUUUCCUGGCUGCACCAAGAUGUACACGAAAAGCAGCCAUUUGAAAGCCCACCUGAGGAGGCACACAGGAGAAAAGCCCUUUGCGUGCACGUGGCCAGGCUGUGGAUGGAGGUUCUCCAGGUCAGAUGAGCUGUCCCGGCACCGGCGCUCCCACUCAGGGGUCAAACCCUACCAGUGCCCAGUCUGUGAGAAGAAGUUUGCUCGAAGUGACCACUUGUCCAAGCACGUCAAGGUGCACCGCUUCCCCCGCAGCAGCCGCUCCGUGCGCGCCGUGAACUGAGGCUGCUGCUCCCUCUGCCAGCCCUGCAGCAGCCAGGACAGCACUUUGCUCACUGCGUUUCUAGGGAUAAUUUAUUUGUCUCCACACAACAGUCAAUGCUGUUACUUGACACCACCGUGUUUGAGUGCCCCACGUCCUUCAAAGAUGAUUUGAGAAUGAAGCUCUUUUUGGGUCAGGGGAGCGGGGCGCUUCUUCCUUUUUUU